AUGGAGUAACUUGUCUUCUUUUUCGCUUUUUUUGUUUACAUGAUUUUUGAUUUUUCUGUUUCCAUUUUUUAAUUGUGAUUGAAAAGAUUUUCUCUUAUUGUUAUUAACUGAUUUAAUUUUCUUUUUCAAGCUUAAUUAUGGAAGGAUUGACCAAUACUCUUAUUCAAGUUGGUGUUGUUGGUGGAGCUCCAAAGGAUCAAACUGAUAAAUAUCGGAUUAUUUUGGAUGAAAUUAUUAACAAUCAGGAUACUAACGAGAAAAUAGAGGGUCUCAAGUUGUUCGUUAAAACUAUAAUCAAUGAAUCUGUUAGCUUGGUCAUAUCAAGACAAUUGUUGAUUGACAUCGCUGUUUUGUUAACCAAAUUUGAAAAUGAUGUUACUAAAAAUAUCGCUCAUUUUAUUUUGGAUAAAGUUCAACCAAGGGUUAUCUCAUUUGAAGAGCAAGUUGCUGCUAUUAGGCAACAUUUAGCAAGUAUUUAUGAGAAAGAAGAACAAUGGAAAGAAGCAGCUAAUGUAUUGGUUGGAAUACCUUUGGAAACUGGUCAGAAACACUACACUGCUGAUUAUAAAUUGGAAACUUAUCUAAAAAUUGCUCGACUUUACCUGGAAGAUGAAGAUCCUGUUCAAGCUGAAGCGUUUAUCAAUCGAGCUUCAAUGUUACAAACCUCAACACAAAAUGAACAGUUACAAAUUCAUUAUAAAGUCUGUUAUGCUCGAGUUCUUGAUUAUCGGCGAAAAUUUAUCGAAGCUGCUCAAAGAUAUAACGAACUCAGUUAUAAAACGAUCGUCGAUGAGGUCGAAAGAAUCGAAUGUUUAAAGAAAGCCAUGAUUUGUUCCAUUUUAGCUUCGGCUGGUCAACAAAGAUCUCGAAUGUUAGCUAAUCUUUUCAAGGAUGAAAGAUGUCAACAACUUCCAUGUUUUAAUAUACUUGAGAAAAUGUAUCUCGAUAGGAUAAUCAAAAGAUCAGAGAUGGAUCAAAUUUCUGAAUUACUCGCCGCUCAUCAAAGAGCCAAAACUGCCGAUGGUUCAUCAAUCAUGGAUCGAGCAAUCGUUGAACAUAAUUUACUUUCCGCUUCCAAACUUUACAAUAAUAUUAAAUUCGUUGAGUUAGGAGCCAUUCUAGAAAUUGAUCCUCGUAAGGCUGAAAGAAUUGCUUCUCAAAUGAUUACCGAAGGUCGAAUGUCCGGUUCGAUUGAUCAAAUUGCGUCCAUUGUUCACUUUGAGACUCGUGAAGUUUUACCAACUUUCGAUGAGCGAAUUCAGGACAUUUGUUUCCAGGUCAACAAUUUAAUCGAGAAAAUUAGCCAAUCAUCACCUCAAUGGAUUGAAACAACUCUGGAUGCACAAAUGAUUCUUUAACCAGGAUAAAUGGAUUGAAACACUUUUUUUUAAUCAUUGUAUAAAAACAACAAAUGUCCACAAUUAACAAUUGAAAAAGAAACAAUUUAAUCAACCCGA